UAGGCGGGCGCUGACCGCGCCGCACCGCACCGCGCCGCACCGCGCCGCGCCGACUUCUCUCCUCGCCCUUCACUCUGAAGCCGACAUAUAUGAAAUGGGAAAUCGGGGGCUGUUCGGCGCCCUUUGUUACCUGAUGUUCAAUGCACCCCUGCUUUUCGUUGCCGAUGCGACAUUCACCGAAGUUCCCAAAGAUGUGACUGUUAGGGAGGGAGACGAUAUUGAGAUGCCCUGCGCUUUUCGGGCCAGCGGAUCCACCUCUUACUCCUUGGAAAUCCAGUGGUGGUACCUUAAGGAGCCAGCCAGGGAGCUGGCGCACGAGCUGGCCAUCAGCGCCCCUGGCAGCAGGAGCAAGGUAACAAAUAAGGACGCAACUAAAAUCAGCGUCCUUUUCUGCAGAGCUGCUGUCCAGCGAGUCAGCCCCCAGCCUGUACCAGCACAUGGGAUUGUCCCGUCCAAAGUGCAGAAUUUUGCACUUGUUCUUGCUGAACCUCAUGAGGUACAGGACCUAUUUAUGCUACAGACCCACUCCUAUACAUGUUCCUGUUAAUAUUGCAUAAGCUUAUACACUUGUUAGUAAACCACUGAUGGACUACUUUAUCCAAUAUUCCUCAGCCAAACAAAAAGGAACCUAUUUAAAAAGAAAACAAAUCCUUGAUAAAAACUACAGUUUUAAAGAUGGACAGAAAGAGACUGAAAAAGAAGCAUGGCAAACUCUACACGGGGGGUAAAAGCAUAUUUUUGGGGACAUUGAGCAAAGUAAACCACCUAAAAUAAUGCAUCUAGUUUCCAGAUUAUCUUGUGUGAAGCCCUGCUCUGUGCAUGGCACCUAUGAGUUCUCUAUUUUAAUGUAAUAUUUUUUUCUUUUCUAAACCUUCCCUCUGACUAUUCAUUUUGCACGAACUGUUGAGCAGUUAUCUUUAUGACACUAUGUAAAGAUGUUGGGUCAAAAUCCUUCUAAAGAAGGGAGAUAUUUUUAGUAGAUUCUUGUGUUUAGAUUUUUGGAUUUCCUUUUUUCUGUUUUUUAAUUAAAGUAAAUUAUUUCUUUUUGAGACAUUUUAAUUAAAAAGGCACAUCCUACCAUAAUUAAUAUUCACUGUCAAUAAUAUUUAUUUUUAAAUAAAGAUUGGAACAAGGUAAGACAUUUGUUUAUAAACUGUAUUGUAUAUUGCUGAAUAACAG